UCGAGGCCGCCAUUGUCUGUUCUUGAGGCAAACUUGUUCUCGAUAUCUUCCAGCUAGAGAAGAGAAGAUGAGAGUGUUGCUUGUGUGUUUCGUUCUACUUGCAACUUCCACAAGCUUUAGCAGCGCCUUUGUGCCCGCGUCACGGCUUGGUUUCAAGCCGGAAUUUCUACCAGCGGGCUCGCGGUCACCUCCAAGAGGCAAGGAGACUGUAAAUUUCUUUACCAGGCAGAAGCUUGACCAUUUCGCUCCAGAGGAUCCACGAGUAUUUUCUCAGAAGUAUUUAGAGCUUCUCGAUUUCUUUCGUCCUCGCAAUGGGCCAAUAUUUCUAGUGAUGUGUGGGGAGUCAACUUGCACAGGAAAUUACGUUACCACUUACGUAGGGACUCUGGCUGAAUCUUUCGGAGCUGCAAUUGUUACAGUCGAGCAUCGCUACUAUGGCCACAGCUCACCGUUCCAGCAUUUGAAUCUCCACAACCUGAAGUAUCUAACAUCAAAACAAUCUCUCUUUGAUCAUGCUGUGUUUAUAGACUACUAUCAGGACUUGAUCAACCAGAAAUAUAACAAAACUGAAAAAAAUCCAUGGAUUGUUAUAGGAGGUUCAUAUGCGGGUGCUUUGAGCGCUUGGUUUAGGCUUAAAUUUCCUCAUCUUGUUGCUGGCAGCUGGGCAAGCUCGGCCGUGGUAGAGGCAAUCCUAGACUACAGUGCUUACGAUAAGCAGCUGGGAGUGUCUGUCGGACCAAAAUGCAAGCAGGCACUACAAGAAAUUACCAGGCUAACCGAGCAAGGUUUAGUAGAAAAUGCAACGGAAAUAAAAUAUCUAUUCGGUUUCUCUCCACAGGAUAAUAUUACAGAUGAUACCCUUCUUGACUAUGUAGCAAAUGCUGCAGCUGGCGAAAUACAAUAUGGUAAAAUAGAUGGCUUAUGUGAUCCUUUGCUCAAAGCAGAGAAAAGCAACAGGAACCUAUUGAAAACAUAUGCAAAGAUUUUGGAAAGAAUUAACAACGAUACUAAUGGUAACGAACGAGAUAACGAGAGCUGGGAUUUUCAAUAUUGUACCGAAGUGGGAUAUUUUCAAGUUGCAUCCGAUCGGAAGAGCAGCGUUCGUUCCUCUCGUAUCAACACACAAUUUUUUAUAAACUAUUGUUCUGAGCAGUUUGGAAAUGGAACGUUUCCAGACGUGAAAACGACCAACUUGUACUAUGGUGGUCGGAACAUCGCAGGUUCAAGAAUUAUGUUUCUGAACGGAUCCCAGGACCCAUGGCGCCAUGCAUCCAAGCAAACUUCAUCAAAAGAUAUGCCAGCACUGGUUUUGCGCUGCCACACUUGCUCCCACUGUGUGGAUCUUUCAGCACCAUGUAGAGAAACUACAGCAAACACCACAAAGUGCAGGGAACUGGCUAGAGCUCACGCGUUUAUACACUCCAAUGUGAAAGAAUGGCUCUCAAUGAAACCAUAACUUGUCACCUUUGCCUCCAAAACGAGUUCGUAAGUUUUUCAUCUUUGGUUCUAAAACAACAGCAUGUGUAUUUAAUCUUCCCACAUUAAGCUCAAACUUUCUCAGCC